GGAACGGAAGUAGAACUUUUAAAGGGUGUUCUCAAGAUGGCUGAAAAUUAUCUCUUGUUUGUCUCUGCAUUAGGUAUUGUUUUGCCUAUAUGCACAAUGGCAGCCCACGAAAAAGGCAUAGCGCCUGCAUACGAAACUCGGGCCGUCCUGCAACACAGGACUGAUAGUUUAACGAUUUUGAUGUUGCUAGGUCUCCUAUUAAUGACUAUCUUAACUGUGUGGCUGUUCAAACACCGGAGAUUUCGUUUCGUUCAUGAGACAGGCUUAUCGCUAAUUUAUGGUCUGAUAGUGGGCGCCAUCAUUCGCUACACUAGCACGGCCACCCACCCACCCCGGGUCAACGCGACCCUGACGGCCAACGAGUCGUACUACUCCAUGGACCCGCCAGACAUCCUGUCGGUGUACCUGAACCGCUCCAACACAUCCACGGGUCCACCCGACACCAUCGUCUAUGUGUUCAAGGGCACGGUGAUCGCCCCGCUACAGGAGCCCCCCCUGGAGCGAGCGGUGACGUUUUCCCCGGAGCUGUUUUUCAACGUAAUGUUACCCGUGAUUAUAUUUGAGGCUGGAUACAGCAUGAAGAAGCGACAUUUUUUCAAAAACUUGGGAGCUAUCCUGACGUAUGCUCUGAUUGGAACGACGAUAUCAACGCUCGUUGUUGGCGGAAUAAUGUAUGGACUGACGGGCCUGAUGAGCAACAUUUCAAUCUCCCUGAACGAUUGCUUCGUGUUUGGAGCCAUCAUCUCCGCCACCGACCCCGUGACGGUCCUUGCCCUGUUCGCCGACCUGCAUGUGGACGUUGACCUCUACGCCCUCGUGUUCGGGGAAAGUGUGCUCAACGAUGCUGUGGCUAUAGUGCUCUCUGAGUCGGUGGAGACGUACGGAGAGUACUCGACAGACGCCUUCAGCGUGGAGGCGUUCUUCCAGUCGGUCGGGAAAUUUGCCGGUGUGUUUGCCGGGGCCUUUGCUAUUGGAUCCAGCAUGGGCGUCCUCACGGCUUUCCUGACCAAGUUCACCAAGGUGCAGGACUUCCCCCUACUGGAGACGGCUCUGUUCUUUGUCAUGUCCUACAGCACAUUCCAGGCCGCUGAGGCCGCUGACUUUACCGGUAUUGUGGCUGUCCUGUUCUGUGGCAUCACCCAGGCCCACUACACCUACAACAACCUGUCCACAGAGUCGAAGCAUCGCACCAAGCAGUUGUUUGAGCUGAUGAACUUCCUGUCGGAGAACUUUGUGUUCCUGUACAUCGGCGUCUCCAUCUUCACCUUUGAGCGACACAAGUGGCACGCCGGGUUCAUUUUCUCGGCUUUUCUGGCCAUCAUCGUUGCUCGUUUCUUCAACGUCUACCCGCUGUCCUUUCUGCUGAACCUGGGCCGCAGCAACAAGAUCCGACCCAACUUCCAGCACAUGAUGAUGUUCUCAGGUCUGAGAGGCGCCAUUGCUUUUGCUUUGGCCAUCCGUCAGACAGACACAGACUCUCGCCAGGUAAUGGCCUCCACCACCAUGAUUAUCGUCCUGGCAACCGUCAUCCUAUGUGGCGGCUUCACAACGCCCAUGUUACAGUGGCUUCAGAUACGGCAAUGAGCAGCCAAAGACAAUAUUCCACCAUGAGUGAGCGUGGGCCGGCCCGCCACACUGUGGGCUCCCCACCACCGCCCGCCACCUCUGCCCACCGCCUGCCCACCACCACUACCAGCGCACCAACAACCCCACACGACCCCGCGGCCCCGAGCUCUCGGCCCAGCGAGAAGGCGUGGCUGGUGGCGAAGUGGUACAACUUUGAUACAAGGUUCAUGAAGCCCCUACUGACCAACAGUCGCCCCACGCUGAUCGACACAAUGCCCAAGUGCUGCCUGCCCAUCGCUAAAGCUUUCACCACCGAGGUCCAGCUCUCACAGGGUGAGACUCACGUGGACGAGGACUCGGACACCGACAUGAUCCUGGACCAGCAGAGUCUGUCUAUCGGGGGCGGGGACUUGAACAACUCGGCGCUGUCCCUCAGUGGGGGCGGCGCCCAGGGCGGGGAGGACAGGCCCGUGUUUACCUCGCUGCAGACAGUCAUGACUCAGCCCAUGCAGGCAUCGGAGGACAGCCACGUGGGUGACCUUGGCCUUGGACUGAGCGACCCGGAGCAUCUGACCAGCUUUCCCAUGAGGGUGAAUCUCCCGGGCCCCCGUGGUGACCGUGUGUGAAGGAGUGAGGGAGUGAGUGAGGGGGGACCGCUGAUGGACCACGGGGCGACCGUGUGUGAGGGAGUGAGUGAGGGACCGCUAAUGAACUGCGGGGCGUGUGUGUGAGGGAGUGAGUGAGUGACCGCUGGGAUGACCAUCCACUGCAACACACCCCCCCUCCUCCCCACCACCCCGCUCAGACGUAGAGAGAACAGCGUGGUGUAGGACAAACAGCGAACUCCCUCGCCAGUACCACAGACCAGUCCAUGUUGAACAGGGAUACCUCGACCCAUUUCAUCGCUUUUCCUGCUGUCUGUGACAUGUGGCCAAAUGUAUGGUACAUAAAGUUACUCAGAUGUGUAUAGCUGUAUGUUUUUAGUUUACCAUAGCGACCGCAUGUGAGGGAGUGAGUGACGGCUGGGAUGACACCCCCCCCCCCCCGGACACGCAGCCCUCCUCCCUACCCCCCUCUCACUCAGAGGUAGAGAGAACUCUGUGGAGUGAGACGUGGAGCAGGGAGAGAUAUGUGAGCAAAGUUCUGCACUUUUCCUGUGUGUGACAAGUGGACAAAUGUCGUAGUAGUACUCAAAGUUACUCAGAUGUGAACAGGUGUAUGUUUUAAGCUUACCGUAGUCGAGGCGCGUUUAUUUGUAGGUGUAGCGGGCAUUGUAGUGUAGUCCUGCUCCAGACGCUAACUAGCUCACAGCCUCGGGGACAAAUGUGAGCCAUCGUGGUGAAAUCAGGCGCUUGUCAAAAUAAUGAAAUCGAAGAAAUCAGCAUUUUUCGGCCAGUUCAGAAUAAUAUUUUUUCCGAAUUUUUGUUUUUUAGCUCAACACCUUAUAUGUCCAUUCAAAAACAUUCUUAUGUGUAAAAUUUAUCGAGAAACGAUGAGUAAUGGCGCGAAAAAUGUAAAUUUGCAGUUUUCAAGGACUCAUGUGUUAUGGAGGUCACUAAACUUUGACGGCCGUUUUCUCGCUAAUUUUGCUUCUGAAAAUAGGCUACCCCUUCUCCUUCAACUGCAAAUAUCUCGACUUCUAUUCAAGAUAGAUGGAUUUUUUUUCCAUCAAAAGCAAGGCAAGUGAACAACCUUUAAGAUGAUACCAAUAAAUCCACAUACCCCAAAAUUGACGAGUGCCUGAUUCCACCGCGUUGUGCCACCAUGGCUCAUCUUUUAGUUAGUUAUAUAAAAGAUUUUUGGUUGGAAGGUUCCGCAGAAAGGUCGUAGAUCGUGCUUCUUUUCUUUCCCUCUAGAAAUCCAGGCAGAGCCCAGCUAUAUUGGUGAACAACCCUGCUUUUCAGCUGGAAUUGAAUGUCUUUAUAUCUUUACAUCAA